AUGUCGGGCGACUCCAAGGAGGGUACCAUCGAGGCGACAGCGGGUCGUCCAGCAGCGCCUGAGUUGGCGUUCUUGGCCGGCGUGCUGGGCCCACCGCAUGCACCCGGCGCCUCCAAGGGUGCAGACAUGUCGGGCGACUCCAAGGAGGGUACCAUCGAGGCGACAGCGGGUCGUCCAGCAGCGCCUGAGUUGGCGUUCUUGGCCGGCGUGCUGGGCCCACCGCAUGCACCCGACGCCUCCAAGGGUGGAGACAUGUCGGGCGACCCCAAGGAGGGUACCAUCCAGGCGACAGCGGGUCGUCCAGCAGCGCCUGAGUUGGCGUUCUUGGCCGGCGUGCUGGGCCCACCGCAUGCAACCGACGCCUGCAAGGGUGCAGACAUGUCGGGCGACCCCAAGGAGGGUACCAUCCAGGCGGCAGCGGGUCGUCCAGCAGCGCCUGAGUUGGCGUUCUUGGCCGGCGUGCUGGGCCCACCGCAUGCACCCGACGCCUCCAAGGGUGCAGACAAGCCGGGCGACCCCAAGGAGGGUACAAUCCAGGCGACAGCGGGUCGUGCAGCAACGCCUGGCGUGCUGGGCCCACCGCAUGCGCCCAACGCCUCCAAGGGUGCAGACAUGUCGGGCGACCCCAAGGAGGGUACCAUCCAGGCGACAGCGGGUCGUCCAGCAGCGCCUGAGUUGGCGUUCUUGGCCGGCUUGCUGGGCCCACCGCAUGCACCCGACGCCUCCAAGGGUGCAGACAAUUCGGGCCACCCCAUGGAGGGUACCAUCCAGGCGACAGCGGGUCGUCCAGCAGGGGCUACGUGA